CCGGCAGGGACCGCCCGCAGCCUCCACACCCUCCCCGCCUCCCGCUGCCACACUGCCAGGCCCAGCGGAGCGAGGCGCGUUCCGGCUCGCCGCGGCUCCCUGCGCCGCCGCGCCGGGGCUGCCGGCCGGGUCCUCUCCUGCCCCGCCAUCUCCUUCCUCUCCUGCUGCCGGGGAUUCGGGCGGCGCGGGCUCGGCAGCGCCGGGAGCUCUCCCGCAAACGCCUUCGCCCACUCGCCCUGUAAGCAGCCCCCUAAUCCCUUGGGGCCCCCUUGGUGCUGGUUCAAAGGUGCGCCUGGGAUCGGUCAUUUCCCUAAUUUAGGUUUUGUUAAGAAUUAGCUUAUUUCCUUUGGAAUUACUGUCGUCUGGCACGCAACAUUGCAGUGAAAUCUGGAGAAAACCCUUUUCUUUAACCGGUUUCUGCAGAUACCCCACCACUGAACUACAACAAAGAGGGGAAUGACUUGAGGUGUUUCUUUUUUUUUUACGGAACCGCAGUGAGAACAUCAGCACUGAUUCCCCUGCCAAAACUGAGGGAGAUGCGUCAAGAAGUUAGCAGCUGAAUGAUCACAUUGUUACAACGUCGUUUUCACACGUCGUUUUUAUUCUUGUGUUUCUCCACCUAGUGAUAACGGGGGUUAUUUUCAAGGCAGGAAUGAAAUCCUCUAGGGAGUGUAGGGUUGUUUUUUUUUGCCAUUCCUAUGUGAGCGACUGAGGACAGCGUGAGUGUGUGUGUGCCCUGGGUUUGCCACAAGUGGGUCACGUCAGGCGAGUUGUGACACUGCAGCGGUGGCGGGGACUGAGCCCGGAGCCGCCUCAGGAGCUCGGCGGAGCCUCGCUGGCUCGGGGCUCUGACCCAAAUGGGACAUGCCAGGCGUGCCGCAGUUUUUAAUGGGAUGGAGCGAGGCACGACGGGAGCGUGGCUGUGGCUGUACACUCCGUCAUCCCAGCGUGGACACUGUGACUGAUGAGAGUUAAAGGCCAUGGAUGAAGAUGGGCUUGAAUUGCAGCCACAUGAGCCAAAUGCAUUUUUUGAUCCAACAGGAGCUGAUGCAGCACAUAUGGAUGGAGAUCAGAUUGUUGUGGAAGUCCAGGAAACAGUAUUUGUUUCAGAUGUGGUCGACUCAGAUAUAACUGUGCAUAAUUUUGUUCCUGAUGAUCCAGACUCUGUAGUGAUCCAGGAUGUCAUUGAGGAUGUUGUUAUCGAGGAUGUUCAGUGCCCAGAUAUCAUGGACGAGCCAGAUGUGUCUGAAACAGUCAUUAUUCCUGAGCAGGUGCUGGACACAGACGUGGCUGAAGAGGUUUCUUUGGCUCAUUGCACUGUCCCAGAUGAUGUUUUAGCUUCUGACAUAACAGCAGAGACAAUGUCUAUACCAGAGCAUGUGCUGACAACUGAGUCAAUGCAUGUGCCUGAAGUUGGACACGUAGAACAUGUAGUUCAUGAUAACGUUGAAGAAGCAGAUAUUGUCACUGAUACUCUGGGAACAGAUGUUGUUUCUGAGGAAGUCUUGGUAGCAGACUGUGCAUCAGAGGCAGUGAUUGAUGCCAAUGGAAUCCCUGUGGAACAUCAAGAUGAGAAGGGCAACUGUGAUGAUUACCUUAUGAUUUCCUUGGAUGAUGCUGGUAAGAUAGAACACGAAGGUUCUGCUGAAAUUACCAUGGAAGCAGAGUCAGAAAGUGGCUCUUGUAAAGUGGAUGGCAUUUGUCCAGAAGUCAUCAAGGUCUAUAUAUUCAAAGCAGAUCCUGGAGAAGACGAUUUAGGGGGCACAGUAGACAUUGUGGAGAGCGAGCCAGAGAAUGACCAUGCAGUUGGAUUGCUCGAUCAGAACAGCAGUAUUCGUAUUCCAAGGGAGAAAAUGGUUUACAUGACUGUAAAUGAUUCUCAGCAUGAAGACGAAGACUUAAAUGUUGCAGAAAUAGCUGAUGAGGUUUAUAUGGAGGUGAUUGUAGGGGAGGAGGAUGCCGCAGCCGCCCAUGAACAGCAAAUCGAUGACACCGAGAUUAAAACUUUCAUGCCCAUAGCUUGGGCAGCAGCUUAUGGUAAUAAUAACGAUGGCAUCGAAAGUCGGAAUGGCACUGCAAGUGCUCUUUUGCACAUAGAUGAGUCAUCUGGACUUGGGAGGCUGGCCAAGCAAAAACCAAAGAAGAAGAGGAGACCUGAGUCCAGACAGUAUCAGACAGCAAUAAUCAUUGGCCCCGACGGUCAUCCAUUGACAGUCUAUCCCUGCAUGAUUUGUGGAAAGAAAUUUAAAUCCAGAGGUUUCUUGAAAAGGCACAUGAAAAACCACCCAGAGCACCUUCUUACUAAGAAGAAAUACAGAUGCACAGACUGUGAUUACACUACGAAUAAAAAAAUAAGUUUACAUAACCACUUGGAGAGUCAUAAGCUGACCAACAAAACAGAGAAGCUUAUUGAAUGCGAUGAGUGUGGGAAAACCUUCUCUCACGCAGGAACUCUCUUCACUCACAAGAUGGUGCACAGGGACAAAGGAGUUAAUAAAAUGCACAAGUGCAAAUUCUGCGAUUAUGAGACAGCAGAACAAGGGUUACUGAGUCACCACCUUUUGGCUGUCCACAGCAAGAACUUUCCUCACAUUUGUGUGGAGUGUGGCAAAGGGUUCCGCCACCCGUCGGAGCUGAAGAAGCACAUGCGGAUCCACACUGGUGAGAAGCCCUACCAGUGCCAAUACUGCGAGUACCGAUCUGCCGACUCUUCCAACUUGAAAACCCACGUAAAGACUAAACACAGUAAGGAAACGCCACUCAAGUGCGACAUUUGUUUCCAGACUUUUUCAGAUACCAAAGAGCUGCAGCAGCAUACGCUUAUGCAUCAAGAAAGUAAAACGCAUCAGUGUUUGCAUUGUGACCAUAAGAGCUCAAACUCGAGUGAUCUGAAACGACACAUUAUUUCAGUCCACACAAAAGACUAUCCUCAUAAGUGUGAUAUGUGUGAUAAAGGCUUUCACAGGCCUUCGGAACUGAAAAAACACGUGGCGGCUCACAAAGGUAAAAAAUUGCACCAAUGCAGACAUUGUGACUUUAAAAUUGCAGAUCCGUUCAUUUUGAGUCGCCACAUACUCUCAGUUCACACAAAGGAUCUUCCAUUCAGGUGCAAGAGAUGUAGAAAGGGCUUUAGGCAACAAAAUGAGCUGAAAAAACACAUGAAAACACACAGUGGCAGGAAAGUUUAUCAGUGUGAGUACUGUGAGUAUAGCACUACAGACGCCUCAGGCUUCAAACGGCACGUGAUUUCCAUUCACACAAAAGACUACCCUCACCGGUGUGAGUAUUGCAAGAAAGGUUUCCGAAGGCCUUCAGAGAAGAACCAGCACAUUAUGCGACAUCAUAAAGAUGUUGGGCUGCCUUAAAGUCUCUUUCACAGACUUAUGGCUGGAAUUAUAAAGGAAAUUUGCCUUUCAGGCAGUUAGCUUAUUUUAAAGCCAAUCACCUGCGAUCACACACACACACACAAAAAAAAACCACACAAAAAAAACAAAAACAAAAAAAAUACUGUGCAUUUGAUUUGUUGCUGUAUAAAAAUAGGAUUAUUGCUUGUAGUCGACUUUUAUACCUUUUGUUCAAUAGCGUGUUCUGAAUUCUAUUCAGUUUGUUUAAUAAAUGAAGAAAAGAUGGCAACAAUAAAGUUGCAUUUAAUAAAGUAAACCCUGUCUCUUACUGAAUUUUUCAACCGUAAUAGUUUAUUUAAGUAUAUUUAUCUUACUGAUCUCGUUGAUACUCACAGUGUCCAUGUUAAUGCAGUUUUGUCGUGAAUUUUAAAAAUACAAAAUUUCUCUUGAUAAAAUUGUCAGAGGUGUGUAUAAAAUGGGGAAUUGUCAUGUUGACAGUAAAGUCACUAGGGCCCACCUGAUUGUCCUGUUUUAACUAUACAGACUUCAUGGCAAGUUAACUGUUUUCUAGUUGAGGAGUUACAGGUCUCACUUUGUGUUUUCAUUCUGGUUUCAGAGAGAAAAAUACUUAAAAAAUGGUUUGGGGCGGUUUUUAUCUUUCCUGGGCAAAUUCAAAAUAUGCGCAAAUAUUACAUUUAUUGUUCUGUGCUUCUUUGUCUUUGAAAGAUUUUGUGUGUUACAAGAGUUGGGUUUUUUCCACUUUAUUGCUGUCUUAAAUGUUGGAAACGUAAAAUACUCUUGUUCCAUUUGCAGAGUUAACAAUAGAUCACAACUGUCUGUAUGUGCUGGUAAACGUACCUCAAACUUUAUGCUUUUAUGUAUGUUGGUAUUUCUUUGAAAGAGCAGUUUGUGGUUCAAGUCACAUUUUUAUUGUUAGUUGUUUUAGAAUAGAAUUCAAGACCAAGAGGUGCCUCAAUUUUGGAAACCAGAUAUUUACAAUGAGAGCUUAAGAAGAGAAUGGAGUGGAGCAGAUGAGUUCAUAAGGAGUAGAGACGUUGUAACGUAGAUAUCCUUAAUAAGAAACGUAAAUUAUGAUAGAUGCUGUUCUGUUACUAUAUUAAAUGUUUUUCCUGAGCCAUUAGUAGCUGUUUAAUAAUUAGUACUGUAUCCAGAAUUAACCCAGUUCUUUCAAUCUGUUUAUAAACAGCUGGGAGAAUAUUACAAUUAUUAGAUGCAAUUUUGCCACCUGAAGACUAUUAUAAAGUAGCUACAUAUCAUUUGCUAAUUGCAGUGUAAAUGCACCAAGCACAAAGUCAUGUACUUUAACAACAACCUUGGAGCAAAAAACCCAAACCAUUUUAAUUACAGGCCAGGUUUUAGGACAUGGCCCUGCUCCCCUUGCUCAAAUUCUCAUCCCAGCCACUGAUGAUGGAUUGCAGAAUUCAGUCCCAGCUGCCUGCCAGAUUAGGUUAGAUUUGUAACCAACAAUUCCCUAAUGGAAAGGCUUCAGAGGCUGGGCCAGUGUUAAUUCCUCUUUCUAGGCAGGUGAACUUCCAAUUGAACUCAAACAGGAAUUUCAGUGGUAGUUUCAAGUCUGGGGUGAUAGAGGGACAAAGGUUUCCUUUCUGGAUAUGCAUCUUCUAGGCCUUUUGUAAUUUGUCUUGUUACCAAGCCCUGCCCCUAUUGCUCAUCCCUCCUGUCUCACUGUAAGCUGAAAUUCUCGUCUGUAGUGUGCAGUUCAGGAGAGUCCAAUGCCAUGUCACUGCCUGUGUUGUAGGAUGUUUUUUUCUUUCUUUGCCUGCUUGCAGUGCCCCCCAGACUUACUGGGUGCUCUUGUGUAAUAUUGCUACUCCAUGACUCUGUAGUGUGUAAUUCCUGGCUGUGCUGCGUUGUGCCUUCCCUGAAAUCCCCGCUGAAGCCAGUGGAUUUCCUCAUGGCCGUAGUGUCUGUUGCCUGCUGAUGCCAAACCAGAUAAAGUAAAACCCAGCAGAGAUUGCCACUCGCUUCUUGCAAAAUACUUGCCUGUGACUACUUUUUUUUUUCCUCUCUUAUGUUCAAGCAUUUUUUAACUGGAAGCCUGGAAAGUGUACAAAAUCUGCAGAAAAUCCCAUAGUAGUGCUGAGGAUUUUAGCCAUUUUGAACUUUAUUUUUUUAAAUAAGCUGAAAGACAAAGAACACAAUUUUACGCAUUUUCUUUCUCUUACGUAGCCUGGAAUCAUACCCACUUUUUUUUUUUAAAGCACAAUGUUGAAACUUUUUUUUUAAUAAUUAAGGGUUUGGUCAAGUGGAUUUUGUAAAAUGUAUUUGUCUGUAUAAAGAGAAAAUGAAGUUAUAGUUAUUGUUAAUGUACUGACAUUAGUUACAGGUUAGUUUUAAUUCUUAAAUAAUUUGCUUAGCAAAUGCUAUAAAAUGGAUGUUUCAGUUUAAUGUUUAAAAAAGGUACAGAUUUUUACAAGGACAUAAUAUAAAUUAUUGUUCUGUAGAGAAUACCCUGUUAAAUAUUGUAUAUGUCCUUCCCUCUGUACACUUUGUAAAAAAGACAAAAGAAAAAAACAAAAUACAUAGAACCAUAUAGGGAUGUGUGACAUUAUUGUAAUUGUGUACUUGAUAAUAACGUGAAAAAAUAAAAUUCAAAAUAUUUUCCUUUUAA